AUGGCCGGAGUCCUGCACGAGGCUGACAUAAGCGGUACGCACAAGGGCCGAUGCUGGAACAGCAACAGCAGCAUGAAGAACCCACUGGAUCUCCACCAAAGCUGCUCUGGAUCAUCCUAUGCCAAUGCUGAUGCACACCCAAGGACAGUCCUAGAACCGGGUUCUGAUUUAUUGAGAGAUAGAUCAUCCCCGCCUCACCGUGGGCGAGAGACUGAGGAACGCGCCGCGGCGAUCUCUAAGCUUUUGUAUCGCCUCAAUCCCGCGCCAAUCUCAACCUAUUUGGAACGUGCCUACCCUGUCCAGACGGCAGUGUUAAUGCAGAAAGCCGGUGGCAUCAUGGAAGCUGGGGGGCUGAGUUGUGGCUUCCAGACCCAGCCGGGUUCUUCUGGACUGUCCUUUUUCCGGGACCAUGUCAACAUGCAGGGCCUCAAGUGGAUAGACCUAUUCUGUGUAAACGCCGCGGAGCCGGAUCUUGGUAUCAGGACCAGGUUUUGCGGCAUUCCAACCUCCUCGCACGAGCAAGGAGGACCGGUGGCUCGGAGAAUCGCGCUGGCUUCGAUAUACCCCGGUCUUGAUGGCGACGGUGAGGGCUUAUGUCUUUUGAACAUUGCAUCCUGCGUGUCCAUGACAUGGACUUCCUAUGAUCAUCGAUCACAUAACCGAGCGGGAUUGGCCGCUGGAACAGGCAAGGGAUUCGCUUGUCUAGGUCUGCUUUAA